AUGCCAAUAGCAAUCCGUGUCUUUUCAAGGAACGCUUUGGCAAGAGCUGCCCAAAUACCGCGCCAGCACAGCCCGUUGCUUCGAAUACUCCUCAUCAAUCUGUGCUUCAAUAUCUUCUCGGUUCGAAGGUUUCAACGACUGAAUUUUCCGCCGACGGUUAUAAUAAUGAGGGCCGGUGGUCCAGUGAGCAAAGGAGCUGCUCUGUCAUGUUACAUGGAUGGACGACCAUGUUGUUGGGCGAAUCUCCCGCCACCCGAUGAUCAGCUCGAUUGGCAAAUUGCCACCGGAAAGCCUGACACUCCAUAUUUCCAGAAUGCGCCAGCUCCAGAAGGCAGCUAUCUGAUCGCCUAUGCUCGAGGAGCUGCUCCAUCUGAUGAGGCUCAAUUCGCCUCGUGCUCAAUCGCUUGCGCUUCUUCGCCGAUCACCGUUAGAGCCAAGCAUUGGCAAUCGGAAAACGUGUUGCUGCAAGUGUGCCAACGGGAAUCUUUCCCAAACACUGUCAAUUUCAAUCCACUCCUCAACUGCCAGGAGUUCCCGAUGGUCACCGGAAUGGGCACAACCGAACUCGUUUUGCCCAAAGCUUCUCUCGUUGACAUCAUCUUUGUCGCUUCAAAUUUUGUUGGCGAGAACGGAGACAUUGCCAUUCUUGAUGACAUUGAGAUCUCAUAUGAUUCGGAUGGUCUUGAAUGUCAGAAAGAAGAGAACGGAGCUGAGGCAGCGCAGAGAUUGACUGUUGAAACAAAUUCUGGAGGAAAGAUUGCGAGGAUUUCGGAGAAGAGCUUAACGCAAGCUGAGAAAGACCUUGCUGGCAGAAAAGAAAAGAUUCAAAAGAGAUUGAACAUGAAGAUCGAGGAGGAAGUGGAGAAUGAGCGGGUUGAAGAGCACGAGGAGCAUCCAGAUGAUCGUGUGGUUGAAUCCGUUCGCAAAGCACUCGGCGAGCAAACCGUUUUGGCAUCGGGCAGUGAAGCGUUCAGCAAGGAUAUCUGUGAGAACACUAAAUGCGAUUUUGAAGAUGGCACCACUUGCCACUACAAGGACGCUCAUCAAACCCAGUCGAUCCGUGGGCUCACCACGAAAUUCCAAGUCGUUUCCGGGCAAUUCAUGAACCGAGUCACUGGAGUUAAAGAGAGCAUUGAAGGCCAAUUCUACGCGGCCACCUUCUUAUUCCCACGAGAAAUGGCCGGUUUGGAGGUGAAAAACGCACCUUUCACCGAGAACUCCCGAAUGAGAUUCCAUUAUUAUGAGGGAACACACGGAGUACAGCUUAAAGGUUGCUGUGAUUCGCUCGACUCUUGUCCUUUCCAAUCGGACAAAUUUGUGACGGUGAAUGAUCGAAUCUGGAAGACCGCUUCGUUGAAGUGUCCGAAAGGCACAGAAAAGGUGAUUUUCGUUUGUGAGAACACACGCACCAACCAGGGUGCUUGUGCCAUUGACGAGAUUCGAAUGGUCGAAACGAGCGGUAAAAUCGCCGACGUUCAGCCAUUAUGC